GGGGAUCCCAUUGGAGCACAGGUAGAGAGAUUAUGAAAGUUCAUUGGGAAGUGCCCGGGGUUGCCGUGCGGUUUGGCUCGGUCUCCCAGUGACAUUGGGCGCUAAUACAUUGCACAGGCGGAGUCCGGGAAAGUUGUGUUGCUACUGGGGAAAUCUCUGUAUAUCCGCUGCGGGCUGAACAAUUAAGAAAUGGGAGCAGCCGAGCGGGUUACACGAAUCAAUUGAUGGACGAAGUCUCCGCGAUAAAGGACUGAAUCGGGAAGGAAAAUAACUUUUAGCGCACUUGUCAACGCUAAAGAUGGUGCAGUUUGUGUUGCUGGGAGUUUAUCCAUAAGCGCCUCUUUCUGCCUGUGUCGGGCUCAAGCUUCCCGUCUCCUAUCCCGGGCUCUCCUGCCUCCCCAGGGCUAUCGCUGGGCACCUCGGAGCCCCAGUCCGACCAGGCUCCCCCCCCCCAUGCCACUUCCACUCUCCGACCUCUCAUUCUCCAUUCAUUGUGCGACGCGUCCAAAGUCCGAGGCAGCGGCAAGUGUCGUGCGGUCCCUGCGUACUAAAUACACUGUACGGAGCUCUGUCCGGCAAUACACAUGGCGAGCGCUGACAGUCCCGCUGCUGGGAGGCAAUCAGAGUGGAUCCAGGGACUGAGUAUGCAGUGUGCUGCAGCCACAAGGCUAACGAUCUGUUUGGCCCCAGAAUGAGAAGAACACUUCUAACAAACAUGAGCUGUGCCUCUAUCUCAGGCCUAGAUCUGCCUUAAAGGGAAAUAUAGCAGAUACCCUGCAUCUGGACAACACAUCAUGGGCAGGUUAAAAUCUGGCACUUUUGCACUACUGUUUGUGAUUCUACUUCUGGACUAUUUUGCACCUGUGCGACCAGCAUCCAAAGCUAUUGUCUGCCAAGAGAUAACUGUGCCCAUGUGCAAGGGCAUUGGCUAUAAUCACACCUAUAUGCCCAACCAGUUUAAUCACGAUACUCAAGAUGAAGCGGGCAUGGAAGUGCAUCAGUUUUGGCCUCUGGUUGUGAUCCAGUGCUCACUUGAUUUGAAAUUUUUUCUUUGUAGCAUGUAUACACCUAUCUGUCUGCCUGACUAUAGGAAGCCUCUCCCUCCCUGCAGAUCAGUGUGUGAGAGAGCUAAAGCAGGUUGUUCUCCUUUAAUGAGAAAGUAUGGCUUUGCUUGGCCAGAGAGAAUGAACUGUGAUAGACUGCCAGAGCAUGGCGACCCAGAUACACUCUGCAUGGACUAUAACUGGACUGAGACAACCACAACUCCACCACCCACACACCCACCGAAAGUGAAAACACCUUCUAGCGACUGUGAUGGAGUCUGCAAAUGCAGGGAACCUUUCCUCUCCAUAACUAGAGAAUCCCACCCGCUGUACAACAGAAUCAAAACUGGGCAGGUUCCUAAUUGUGCUAUGCCAUGUUUUCAGCCCUACUUCACGCAGGAUGAAAAGACAUUUGCUACUUUCUGGAUUGGGUUGUGGUCCAUUCUGUGUUUCAUCUCAACCUUUACUACAGUAGCCACAUUUCUGAUUGACAUGGAGCGGUUUAGAUAUCCAGAGCGUCCUAUUAUUUUUUUAUCAGCUUGCUAUCUGUUUGUAUCCAUUGGGUACAUUGUCAGACUUAUAGUAGGACAUGAAAAUGUGGCCUGCAACAAAGAUCACAUUCACUAUGAGACCACAGGACCAGCUCUAUGCACAGUUGUGUUUUUACUUAUCUACUUUUUUGGAAUGGCCAGCUCUAUCUGGUGGGUAAUCUUAACAUUCACAUGGUUCUUGGCUGCGGGAAUGAAGUGGGGAAACGAGGCCAUUGCUAGCUAUUCUCAGUAUUUUCACAUGGCUGCUUGGUUGAUACCCAGUGUCAAAUCUAUAGCUGUUCUAGCUUUAAGCUCGGUUGAUGGAGACCCAGUGGCUGGGAUCUGCUUCGUUGGAAACCAAAAUCUUGACAACCUUCGUGGUUUUGUGCUGGCACCCUUGGUGGUGUAUCUUUUUACUGGGACCAUGUUUCUUCUAGCUGGCUUUGUCUCCCUCUUCAGAAUUAGGAGUGUUAUAAAACAAGGUGGCACCAAAACAGACAAACUGGAAAAACUAAUGAUCAGAAUAGGUAUCUUUUCUGUACUUUAUACUGUGCCAGCUACCAUUGUUGUUGCUUGUUAUAUAUAUGAACAGCACUAUAGAGAACAUUGGGAAAAGGCCCACAACUGCUCAUGCCCAGGGGAUAAAAAGAGGUACAGGCCUGAUUAUGCAGUCUUUAUGCUAAAAUACUUUAUGUGCCUAGUGGUUGGAAUAACCUCAGGUGUAUGGAUUUGGUCUGGAAAAACUCUGGAAUCCUGGAAAAGGUUCACCGGUAGAUGUUGUAGGAACAGCAAACCCAUUAAUGCCUCGGCAUACAGUGAGGCCAGCAGAGCUCUAACAGCAAGAACUGGCCUGUCAAGCUCCACUUUGCACCACAAGCAAGUGCCACUGUCACACGUGUAAAUGUUGUUUUCACUUGCCAACUCAGACUCCAUGACAAAAAUCUGUUGCGCUUUCAAAAUCUUAUUAUUUAGUUCUGAAGCCCCUGAUGUUCUCGAUGUGGUUUGGCACAUUCAUUGGUAGAACUGCGUAACAAAUUUGCAUGUUUGAAAGAUUCUAGUAUUUAAAUCCCUUAUUUCAAUAACUCUUUGCAGGCCUCUUGUCCAACAAUCAACUGCUAUAUCAUUGUUGACAGCCUUUCAUAAUGGGGGUCUAUUGCACAUGUAGGAAAGGGAAUAUGGUCAACACAACAAUUCAGAUAUCAGGUGAAACCUGAUCCUAAAUUGAAUAUUUACAUUCAAAAUGUAAAUAUUGAACAUUUUAAAUUCUGUUUCAGAAUAUAUAUGUUAGUGCCAGUUUGCUAUGGCAGUUUAAUGUAGCAGGGUUUGUGGCUACUGUAGGAUUUUAAAGGGGAAAAACAUUUUUAUGACAAUAAAUAUUAAAAAAAUCUACACACCUUAACUCUAUGCAUUCCCACUAAUGAGAAACAAUCCUAUAUAUCACAAUGGUAAUAAAUUGACCUUGUUUGUUUAAGGCCAACUAAGCAGAUUCGCACUUAAAGAUAUGUUGUUCCUGUUCAAUUUGUAAAUUAUGGAUGGCAUGCGUUUCUAUCCUGUGGUUAAUUGAAGUUUGACUUUACAGAAAUCUGCAAGUGCUUUUCGGUAAAAAUACUAGGUUAUAGCACUUGGAAUGUCUAGACUGAACUUCUGCUGUUGUUUCAGGGUAUGAUUGGAGUUGUUAAUAGAAGAAAAACUUAUCCAUAACACAAAGUACAACCAUAAUUUAGCAGUUGUGAGUUUAGUGCACUUGCAGUUUGUGUGUCUGGUAUAUUAAGCGGCUUUACUGAAUACAGUGAUAUGUUAUUGUUAGAAUAAAAAGGCAAAUAUACAGGCAGUAUGAUUUAUUUUGUUGUGUUUUUUUUUUAGCCCAGACUGACACAUUAUAGUUAUUUGUUGUACUUAGACCCCUAGAAUAAUGAGCUUUAAACUUUCCUUUGCUGCAAGAUUGUAAAAACCCGAUGAUACACAUAUUGUGUGUUCCGUUGUGGAAAAAUUAGUGUAAAAAAGAAAUGGUAUGGAAAAAUCUGUGUAGGAUGCUUGGUGACAUUCAAUAGCAUUUGUAAACUAUAACUGUAUCUGGUAAUGCAAAUACUCAUCUCGAGUCCUGUUCCCGUAUUUAUUUUCCAUUGCUCAUGUAUACAGAAGGGGAUGGCUCUUUUUGUUUUUUUCACAAAGGAGACUUUUGAUUUAGAUUUUUUUUCACAUACCGUGUCGUGUUUGGUGGGCUUUCCCUCUUAGUUGGCCAGAUUGUAGUGAAAGAGUUAAGAGGUGGAACAUUGAAGUCCAUGCCACAGUGCUGUGUAGGGAAACUUUUUUGAAAUGGCACCUUGUAGAAUAUGCGUUCCAUAAACGCUCUCUAAACCUGCUCGCUCCUUGUUUCUUCGCCUUACUGGGAACAAUGACUACAUUCUGUGAAAAAGAAUGCAUUGAAAGGAUCAGUGAGCAGAGCUCAUGAGAGAGCAUAGACAGUAUGUUCAUAUAAAAAUAUACAGACUUGGGGUGAGUCCUUCAGAAAAUGUACUCUGUUGUACUGUUGGUUUCCUCAGUCCUGUAGCAUUCCAAAUAUUACACUACAACUAGUUUAUUUUUCAGUAGAUGCUGGAACAACAGCUAUACUGACUUGUUUCUUAUAUCAGAUAAUUUUCAGUGAAACUACCUAAGCUCGUAUACGUUUAAUGUGUUCAUACAACGUCAUACAGUUGUCAAAUAUCUGAUAUAUCCCUGAUAUUAUAUUUGCUUGGUCCAGCCAAAUCUAGCAAGGCUGUUAAGCAGAUAAACAAUGUUUGCACUGUCUGGAGUAUAAUAUAAGCCGUUAGGACAAAUUUGAGAAGUUUUAUCACUAUUAUUAUUAUUCAAAUGCAGUGCUCACUUUUAACACUGUUGCACACCUAUAAGAAACUAACAUUUUUGGUUGUCUUAUUGACAUAAUAUAUACUAAUCUCUCCCAAAUGGAUUUAACAGGAAGAUUAAGAUAUAAAAGCACCUAAAAUAUUUAAUUUACAUAAAAAGCGACAUAUCUAACUAUUUGGUUAAUGCCCACAGGAGCUAUGAAUGUGUAGCUGUUCCGGCCAGUGAGUUAAUAUGUAACUCUGUGUACAUGGAUAUAUCAAAUAUACUAACUUACCAACAAAGCAGGGGUGGUCUAAUGUGCAGCGUUCAGAUAGCUGGUCAAAAAUCCCAGCAUCCCCAGUCAUUAUUUGUUUUCCAUUUUUAAAAAUAGGAAAGAUCAAGUUAUUUGAUUGUAUUUUUCAUUGCUGGUAUUGAUUGCUUUGGGAACCAGAUAAGAUUUCAUCAGCCCUCUACUCUGCUUCUGUUUGAGAAUGGCAAACAAGCUGCACUCAUUGUGCAAGAUUUAUGACAUUUUUAUUUGACUGCCCAGGUGAGUCAUGCGCACAAUUUAUUUCAGUCACCAUCACCCAUGGCUUAUUGCUUGAGCUAACAGCAGGCUUAGCCGUAAAUGUACAGUAAUUCUGGCACUGCCACAUCAUGGAUAUCAUAGUAGCAUAGUGCAUGCCUGUGUGUGUACAUAUGCUGCCUUGGUUUUGCUAUUUGUCCUAAACAAGGGUGAGUAGGAUCUCCCCUCUGCACCUGCAGUACUUGGGUCAUUGUUUUUCUCCCUGCUUUGUUUGAUUUAUCACUUUGAAGGAAGAGUUGAGUACAGCAUAAUAACAAGUAUACACAUACAGGUCAGAGUAGAAUGUGUUCAUUUUUUUGCUGAUAUGUGUAUAGACAGAUGCAGUGGGAAAUUUGG